AUGAAAGAAGCCUUUGAAGUUCAACGUUUUUUUUCCUCUCCCUUCCCAGUACAAGUUCAGAGACCUGACCAUAGAAGAACUGAAGAAUGUUAAUAAGACCUACCCAAACUUCACAUUCUCCAUGAACACAUACACCUUCAAGGAUGGAUCGCAGAAGGAUCUCCUGAAUUUUAGUGGUACUGUUCCAGUGAAAUAUGGUAAUUCCUAUAACAUACCUAUUCGUCUGUGGAUUCUGGAUUCUCAUCCUUUUGCUCCCCCCAUUUGCUUCUUGAAGCCAACUGUGAACAUGGGCAUUUCAGUAGGAAAGCAUGUUGAUGCUCAUGGCAGGAUUUAUUUGCCCUACCUGCAAAACUGGAGCCAUCCUAAAUCAACUGUCAUUGGAUUAAUCAGGGAAAUGAUUGCAAAAUUUGAGGAAGAGCUCCCUUUGUAUUCACUGUCAUCUUCUGAUGCUGCCAGGCAAUCGGAACUUCUCUCCUACAUUGCAAAGAUUACUGAAGGAGAGACUGACUUGAAAGCAAAGAGUAAAAUUGGUGGAGGCAAAAAUGAAGGAUGUAUUAACAAAAUUACAAUUGUUGGAGCUGGAGAUCUUGGCAUUGCGUGUGUGCUAGCAGUUGCAGCAAAGGGUACUGCAGACAAGGUGGUUCUUUUGGAUCUUUCUGAAGGUGCAGCAAAAGGAGGAACCAUGGAUUUGGACAUCUUUGCUUUGCCAAACGUCGAGAUCAGCAAAGAUUUUUCUGCUUUGGCUGAUUCAAAAGUUGUGGUACUUACAGUUAAUUCUCUGGGUAAUGCUCAAACUUAUCUUGAUGUCAUACAAAGCAAUGUGGAUUUGUUCAGAGGAAUUAUCCCAGCAAUAUCACACUAUAGUCAGAACGCUGUUCUCCUUGUUGCUUCUCAUCCAGUUGAAGUAAUGACAUACGUGACAUGGAAGCUGAGUGGGUUUCCCAAAAGCAGAGUUAUUGGAGUAGGUGCCAACCUAGAUACUGAGAGAUUUCGGAAUAUACUGGCAAACCUUUUGAAAGCACAGGUGCUGGCAAAAGAUGCUUGGAUCAUUGGUGAACAAGGGGAAGACAAAGUGCCAGCAUGGACGAGUUGUAAUUCAGUUGCAAGUCAAACAGAAGGAAUGGCUGCUGUUAACUCAAGGGAAACCGUGGCUAACAGAGCUAUGGAAGUUCUAAAGGGAAAAGGUCAGAGAUCUUGGUCUGUUGGGCUCUCAGUUGCUGAUUUGUCUGACAGUAUACUGCAAGAUAAAAGAAAGGUUCAUUCUGUGUCCACUCUGGCAAAGGGAUGCUGCAAUAUAAACAGUGAAGUAUUCUUAAGUCUGCCAUGUGUUCUUGGAACCAACGGAGUGAUUGAAAUGAUCAAACUAGAAGAUGAUCCACUAGUGCAAGAGAAACUGCAGAGCAGUGCAGGAUCAAUUCAUGACCUUCAGCAGCAACUGAAACUGUAA